AUGGUCAAGGAAUUCCAUGAUGUCCUGAACUCUGUUUUCCCUGACAUCCAGUUCACAAUGGAGGCGGAAGCCAACAACCAACUGCCGUUCCUGGACGUUCUCGUCCAUCGAAAACCAAAUGGGCACUUAAAAACGACGGUAUAUAGGAAGGCCACUAAUACACGCCAAAUCCUGAGCUUCCACAGUAAGCACCCGUUGUGCCACAAACGCAGUUGUGUGCGAACACUCUACAGAAGGGCAGAAACACUUUGCAGCGAGCCGGACGACAGAAGGUCAGAACUACGCUACCUCCAGCGCCUCUUCAUGUCCAACGGGUAUCCUUCGCAAAUUCAUCGAACGCGGCAGACAGGCCGGACCGAGCCGACGUUUGGAAACAGAACGGCCAAAAAUAUGGCGGGCGCUUCUAUACAUCGAUGGCGUUUCUGAGGCGGUCUCCCAUCUCUUAAGACCGCUGGGGAUCGGCAUCGCCCACCGACCGGAGUCAACAAUUCGACAUCUGGUCAUGAGACCUAAGGCCCCUCUGCCACCAGUUGAAACCACGAACGUCAUCUACCGGACCCAGUGUAACUCGUGCGAAGCCAACUACAUGGGAGAGACGGGCAAACGACUACGGACCCGUGUUGGAGAACACAUGAGGGCAGUAAGGCGAAUGGACCCUUUGUCUCUGGUGGCCGAACACGGCGCCGAUUCCGGACACACGUUCGUCUUUCAGCAUGUCAAAAUUCUGGACCGAGGAAGCGACCACAUAGCCAGGGAAACAAUCGAGGCUUGGCACACGGGGACAACCUCCACCAACCGUUGUGUGGCUCUUCCCGCUGCCUACCAAGCCCUUCGAGCGCAGCUCAGUAAACAAGUGAGCAGACGUGAACCCAGGCUAAACAUGAAUCCAGACAUGAGCGAGUCCAUGGCAGAUGCACACUCAGUCACCCCUCAACCUGGUUCCGACGAAGGCGCAGUCGUCAUCACAGCCGUUCCAUCUACUAGUCCGGCGGACGAGAAAACGGACAUUCGUUGCGGCGUAAACAAGAUUGCCAGCCUUGGACGGCAGUUAAGGUCAAUGAAGGUACGGACGACGACCACCAACGUCUCAACGCCGACCCCCGCUGUAGAUUGA